CCGCCUCAGCCGCGCCCGGCCCGCGCCGCCCCGGUCCGCCAUGGAGGCGAAUCCGCCGAAGCGGAAGGAGACGCGCAAGUCGCUGCGGGUUAAAGUCAUCUCCAUGGGCAACGCGGAGGUGGGCAAGAGCUGCAUUAUAAAGCGUUAUUGUGAGAAGAGGUUUGUUCCCAAAUACCUGGCGACUAUUGGGAUCGACUACGGCGUCACAAAAGUGCAGGUCAGAGACCGAGAGAUCAAGGUGAACAUCUUCGACAUGGCGGGGCACCCGUUCUUCUACGAGGUGAGGAACGAGUUUUACAAGGACACACAGGGCGUCAUCCUGGUCUACGACGUGGGACAAAAGGAGUCUUUUGACGCGCUGGACGCGUGGCUGGCUGAGAUGAAGCAGGAGCUGGGUCCCCACGGGAACAUGGAGAACAUUGUCUUCGUUGUCUGUGCAAACAAGAUCGACUGCACCAAGCACCGCAGCGUGGAUGAAAGUGAGGGGCGGCUCUGGGCAGAGAGCCGCGGCUUUCUUUACUUUGAGACAUCAGCGCAAACAGGAGAAGGAAUCAACGAGAUGUUUCAGACUUUUUACUCUGCCAUCAUUGACCUGUGUGACAACGGCGGGAAGCGUCCCCCCUCCAGCGUGGGGGUCGGCUUCACCAAAGAGCAGGCAGAUGCCAUUCGCAGGAUCCGCAACAGCAAGGACAGCUGGGACAUGCUGGGGGUCAAACCCGGAGCCACAAGGUCUGGAGAAGCUUUUAAGGUGGUGUAAGGCUGCUGCCCACAUUAUCAAAAAGGGAUUGACAUUACAGCUCUUCCACCUGGAAACGGUACUCCCACAAGACAAGCUUUCUGUUGUCGUUCUCAGAGGACCUCUAGCCAGGUGGAAUUGGUCAUUGCCUGUGCAAGAGGUUGGAUAUUGAAUCUCCCAGUUCUGCUGUAUGACUUUGGGCAGCUAAAACGAGCUCCCAGAGCUAUGCCUUGCUUUCUUCUUUCUGAAACACGAGGACUGACCUUGUGUACUCCUUGCAAAGGUGCUGGAGAGUAGAUUUUUGGAUAACAUUUAUCAUCCAGGGCUCAUAGAUCCUCCUGUUGGCUCUCUGAAAUGUAGAUGUUGAGCCUAACCCCUCCUGCAGACCCCUCUCAUCCAUGGGGAGAGAUCAGCGGCUCUGCGUGGCUGUUUGUGCUGUGAUUUCCAGCACGGACGGACUCCCCACGGCCUGCAGCUGGAGCUGAGACGUCUGCCUUGGACCAGACACCCAAGGCUUAAAGGGCUGAAGCGAUGUGCAAUGCCUUCGCCCGGAGCGCGUAGGCGGUUUGAUGCGAAGCUGAGUCAGGGUGCGUGUUACCCCCACGCUGUCUCCCAGCUUUCUGCUCUCGUGGUGCCAGAGGCUCGGCACACCGUGGCACGUGUUGCAGGCACGUGUCUGGUGUGAUGGCAGCGUUUGUGCCAGCACGGUCCCAUGGUGGAGAGGGUGGGUUCUCCCCCUCCUCUGCUCGUGCUGCGCCGAGAAGUGCUCUGUGUGCUUUUCUUCAGCUCUUUCUCUGUAGCGUCACCUCCAAGGCCUGGAGGUCCUUAGUGCCGGAGAGGGAAGGGUUCAGAAGUGUCUGCACAGGGGCAAGGCUGAGCCAGGCUGCGUGUCGUGUGGGUCCCCUCACUCUUGUCGUGUCUUCUAGGGACGAAGUGAACAAAGCCUAUCGGAAGCUGGCCGUGCUGCUCCACCCUGAUAAGUGUGUGGCUCCCGGCAGCGAGGACGCCUUCAAAGCCGUGGUGAAUGCCCGGACUGCACUUCUCAAAAACAUCAAAUAGGGAACAGAGCCACAUCCAAGCUGGAAACCUUCCCCUCCUCCCAGCUAGCUCCCAGGCAGCCGUACGGGCACGGGGCACCCCUCUCCUCCUCACACUUACCGCUGGCAUGGAGACAGACGCUCCCAGCAGGACUGCAUCCAACAGUAGCGCGCUUGCGACGUGCUGGAAAGGGGGCAGAGUGCUGAGGAGGGGAGAGGGACCCCAGAGCCCUCCCUGCAGCCGUGGCCCCAGGUUGUGGUUGGCGUAAGUGCUGAAAGCAGCGAGGUCCCCACCUUCGCGGCUGUGUUACACCUCCCAGGAGUUACCAGCCGUUGGAGGGGUUUUGGAUGCGUGAUUCUAACCUGUGGAUGCAGCGAGGGCAGAAGCGAGAUCUGACCCGAAAGCUGCUGCACCUGAAAGCAUCGGUGUCAUCAUCAGUCCUGGGUUAUCCUGGAGCCGCCUCUGCAAGGCUGCUCAUGCUGUGAAAGCCGCACAGGCGCUGCUGAGCACCGCGGCGGUUCAGCUCUUUGGUCAGAGCUGGCUCCUUCCAGCUGACACCCAGCGAUGCUGCUUUUGGCAGUGAGGAAAAGGGCGGGUUGCUUGAGGAAACCUCUCCGGUGCUGCAGGGAGAAACUGGCUCCAGGAGUGUCCGUCUUCCCCCGCCUGUCCCCUUCCUCCCCAAGCUGUCAUGGUGCCAAGAACAGUCCCUUUGGCAGGACCGGGGCUCCUCCAGGCACUCACCUCCUCAUCACAGCAUGGAACCUCCUGCCACCACCUCCUUCCAUCUCCCUGAGCUCAAUUUGUCAGGAAGAGCCCCUACAACUGCAGGUCCUCGAGCCACGUGCUCCUUCUCUCCCAGCCCUCUGCUCACACCACGCUGGCAAGCUCUGGGUAGGGGCCACCAGCCCCUGCGUGGUGACUGUCCUUGGGUGUGGGUGGCCCUGGCUAUUUACAGGCAGGAAGAGGGUGCUGCCCCAAGGAGGAGGCAACUCAGCCCCCAACAUGGGUGCCUGCGGUCUGUCUGCUCGCUUGGCCCCGCAGCGUUCUCAGCUUGGGCGAACGGUGGAGGGGGCACGUUCUCCCCCAACCCUCUUUUCUGACGGCAGCAACAUGUCGCCCCGCUUUGCUGGUCGUUACGGGUUGCUGAUCAGCGGGUGGGCGCGUGUUGCUCCCUCCUGGCCACAGCUGCUAUUUUCUUUGAACAGUCUUGUUGGUUUAGAGGAGAGCGUUGCGGCUCACCCCAAGUGCUUGCAGAGGCUUGAGGUCUGGCUGUUGUGAUCCUGAGGGAGGUCGGAGCCGUGAUGGCUCCUAGGGGAGACCAGACGGGCGAUUCCUCGGGCUCCCAGGACCCAGUUUCAUUUCUUUGGAGCUAUGUGAGCUCAGCAGGGAGGGUCAGGACGCUAAGCUAUGAAAUGAAAGCCGCUGAGUAUGUAUUUAUCCUUACCCCACCCCACAGGUAUCCUGUUUGAAAGUGUUUUCUCGGUCAGUGCAAUAUUAUUUAUUUAUUUCACUUCAAGGCAGCUUUUCUCUGUUUCCCCUUCAAAAUAUAUCAUAAAAUGAUAGUAGACAACCCCUCCUUUUUGGCAGCAAGCAUUAAGGGACUUUAAAGCCAGUAUCAUUUUGCUCUUGCUCUGGUUUCUGGUUCUGGGUUGCUGGGAAGAAGAAAUAAGCUGUCCUGCUGGGAGGCACUUUUUGCCGCUCCGGUGUAGAAGUAACCAAGAGGAGAUGUUGCUACAAGAGGUUAAUGUUUAAAAUAGCUCUGUUUUUCUUCUCCCAGAUGGAUAAAAAGCUGGGCCGGGGCAGAUCAGCGGGACAGGCAGCGGCGAGUUACACGGAUGGGGUUUUGUUCCACACAUUUCAUAACGCUGUGGAGUUCACUGGAAACCUCCCCACUUGACUAGUGGAGGAAACCACUUAAUUCUGGCUUCAAACUCAUUUCACUGUUUUGUGGGUUUGUUUUUUUUUUUCCCCAUUGAGGAGGGUAAAUAAUCCUGUUGCUGAAUGGCACACUUCACUUGGAGGGUGAGAUCUCAGGGCCUGGAGUAGUUUCAAGGCUUCCUGGGUUCCUGCUGCUCAGGGGCUCUCCAGGUGUGGUGUGCCACGCACGGUCCCUCCUGUUUGCUCCUCAGGUGACUCUGGUCGCUGAUUUUGAGGUUUCUCCUGUCUGUUUACCGGGUGACCGGAUGUGCGGAGACAAUUACACACGCGUGUCACGUCUAGCGAUGCCGGUGACCUUCUAAGUUGUGUUAUUUUUAUAAAUUAAACCCCCCUUUGGAACAAAGGAA